GCAGAAGCAGUUUUACAGCUCCUCCCAUCGCUGCACAUAAGUAGCACCGUUUACAGUUAACUUUGGAUUAUCAAUCACUGAUUGCCAGCAAAACAGAGUAGAUCUCAUCAUACCGCAUUUGUACUCUUGAGUAGCUUUCUUUUACUGUUUUCCCAUUCAAUGAUGAGGCUGUCGGAACCAGUAUUGGACAUGGACAUGGCAAACUACAGUGAAGUCUUAGAUCCAACUUAUACUACUUUGGAGUUUGAAACUAUGCAGAUUCUGUAUAAUGGCAAUGACAGUUCUUCAGCAGAACCACUCAACAUGAACACUGCAGACAAUGGAGUCAGUGGACUUUGUGCAAUAUGUGGCGAUAGAGCAACUGGCAAACAUUAUGGCGCCUCCAGUUGUGAUGGGUGCAAGGGCUUCUUUAGACGCAGCAUACGGAAGAGUCAUGUUUAUACCUGCAGAUUCAACCGACAGUGUAUUGUUGACAAGGACAAGAGGAAUCAAUGCAGAUACUGUCGUUUAAAAAAGUGUUUUCGAGCAGGAAUGAAAAAAGAAGCUGUACAAAAUGAACGGGACAGGAUAAGCACAAGAAGGAGCACAUUUGAUGGCAGCAACAUCCCCUCUAUUAACACAUUGUCACAAGCUGAGGCUCUUUCUCGGCAGAUCCCUGUCUCGAGUCCUGGUGCUAGUACUGACAUCAAUGUAAAGAAACUUGCCAGUAUUAGCGAUGUCUGUGAAUCUAUGAAGCAACAGCUCUUGGUCCUUGUAGAGUGGGCUAAAUAUAUUCCAGCCUUCUGUGAACUACCAUUGGACGAUCAGGUUGCCCUGCUAAGAGCGCAUGCUGGGGAACACCUCUUGCUUGGAGCAGCAAAACGGUCCAUGGCGUAUAAGGACAUUUUACUUUUAGGUAACGAUUAUAUCAUCCAUCGCAACAGUUCUGAAGUCGAGAUCAGCCGAGUGGCAAACCGGAUUCUAGAUGAGCUAGUCCGACCAUUCCAGGAAAUUCAAAUAGAUGACAAUGAGUAUGCUUGCUUGAAAGCAAUUGUGUUUUUUGAUCCAGAUGCAAAGGGAUUGAGUGACCCAUUAAAGAUUAAGAACAUGCGGUUCCAAGUCCAAAUCAGUUUAGAGGAUUACAUUAAUGACCGUCAGUAUGACUCCAGGGGGAGGUUUGGAGAACUUCUGCUUCUAUUGCCUACGCUUCAGAGCAUCACUUGGCAAAUGAUUGAGCAAAUACAGUUGGUCAAACUGUUUGGAAUGGUUAAAAUUGACAGUUUGCUUCAGGAAAUGUUACUAGGGGGUACGUCUAAUGAUGCCAGUCAUCUUCAUCAUCCAGUACAUCCUCAUUUAGCUCAGGAUCCAUUAACUGGCCAAACUAUUCUCAUAAGUUCAAUGUCUGCUCCUGUACAUACAGAACAGAUCUCAACUCCAGAAACUCCAUUACCUUCCCCUCCGCAAGGCUCUGGACAAGACUACAAAAUGUCUACAAACCAGGCUACAGUCAUAACACAGCAAUCAAUUUUAAAACAAAAACCAUUGUGAUAAUUUUUUUUUAUUUUUAUUUUUGUUUUCUUUUCUUUUACAUGCACUGUAUAAAUUGUUAGGACACCUGGAUGGUGGAAACCUCAGGAUAGCAAAUAAGGCCACCCCUUGACCCAAGGAAGUACAGGGGGCUGUUCUUAUAAUUCUUCUGUUUCAAAACUCAGAAAGCAAGGUACACUAUUAUGAAUGAUGAAUUUGCCGUACACUUGGGGAUACUGGUAGUCUUACAGCAUAUGUAUAUUUUGGUAAUGCCUUUGGAUCAUUGAAUUGAACAGGUUCAUUUUUAUUUCCCAUUUGUAGUUGUCAUCUUAAUAUUGUUUAUUUUAGAUCUGUAAGUAAUUUCUUCAUUGAAAUGUCACUUGGAACUAAUUGUGCUUGUUUAGCUAUGAAUGGUGAACUUAAGACAUGGAUUAACACAAGCCAAGAGUUCAUAAAUAAUAAAAGAGGAGGUUGUUAAAUAAAACAGACGUAUUACAUUUAGAGUGAAAAUACAUAAUGGAUAGGAGGGUCUGUUUCAUUAAAAUAAAUCCUAAUGUGGGGAUACCAUGAUCUUGAAGUAUGACUAUACCAGAAGAGUUAAGCGUGUAGAAUGAUAGCUGUCAUGUUUACCUAUCAGUUUAUGUGAAUACGGUAAAAUGAGAGAACCUGCAACAUGCAGCUGUGUGUUAAAAAUGAAACAUGGGUAUAGGGAAUGACUUUGAUCAUGCACACACACUGUGUUUGCUCACAGUUGGAAUUUGUUAUGAUGAUCUAUUUACUGACUCAGAAAGAGGUUUUCAUGCUAUGCUUUCAUUCAUGAAUUAUUGACAUCACAAGAAAAUUUCUACUUCGCACAGUCUGGUUGUUCAUACGAGGAAUGAUUUUUCCUUUAAUGGAGACUUUCUCCCCAAAAGCUGUUAAAAAGUGCCAAAUAAUGUGGUCUCUUGGGUUAUUUUAAUGAAAUAACACAUUGGAGUCAGAGAUUCAGCAAAGAGAUGUGACCUGGCGCAAAUACCUUGGUUUAUUAUAACAUCAUAAGUUCAUACAAUCAUCACAGGCAGCUAACUCCCUGACUCUUAAAGUGGUAUACACACAACUGUAAGAACUUUUUGUCCUUUUUUGCAAACUUAAAGCCACAAUACCAUGUAAAACAAUUAGAAAAAGUUUGAGUGCUGACUUGUAAACUCAGAAUGCUUUAAUGAGAAUUCACAUAACACCGAGCAGUAUGUGUGUUCCUUUAGGGUAUUCUGCAAUAGUUGUAUUUGUGGUUAAAUCUGCAUACAAUAGCUCUUAAUGUUCGUCUUUUGCUUUUUAAAAAGUGUUUUCCUUUUUAUUGGUCAUUUUGUAUUUUUUAUGAAUAAGCAUAUAUUGCAUUACUCUGUGGAGCAAUAAUGUCUCCUUUCUCAUCUCCUUUAUGAUAUGUAUGAUUCACUUUUUGAUGAUCUUGAUCAUACUCUCUUUGAUGCCUAGGGGAGGUUUGCAAUUAAUUUCAGUGGAAGCAGGGUUGUAUCCCUUGUAUGCAAAUUGGACCAUAGGCGCCGAUUCCGUGGGUGCUCCAGGGCUGGAGCACCCACAGAAAAAAAUAGUGGGUGCUCAGCACCCACCAACAGCCCCGCAGAUCAGCUCCUACCUUUUCCCCCUCAGUGCCUCCUGCCUGCCAGUGAUCAACUGUUCAGCAGCAUGCAGGAGGAGGAGGAGCAAGGGCAGGAUCUGGGGUGGAGUGGGGGUCCAGCACUCCUGGGGAAAUCACGAAGUCGGCACCUCUGUAUGGAACUGAGUCUUUUUUGAAACUACAAUGUAGCUUUUAGGUGCUGAGCACAUGCAACUCCCAUUUAAGUGACUAUACCUAUUCCUACUCCUACUGAAGUCCAUGGCAGAGCUCCAUUGACUUCAGUGGGACCAGGUUCGGGCCUACUGACUUGAAUGCACCAAAUACUUCAUGACUGAGGUUUCACCCUGUUUGGGUUCAUUCUGUAAUUUUCCCAGGUACGCUUCGUGAAUGCCUCUAUAACUGACGCAGAGCACAGCUUAUUGUAUUUGGUUCUUACACUGUAUUUUAGACAGAGAAUGUACAACAGAAUGUUUUCACAAACUGCCAGAAUGUACUGGAUAAAAUCAUAUACUGUAGUAUGAUAUCUUGCUAAAGGAUGUUAUCUGUUUUAUACAGUACAUUGCAUUUUUUUCAAAUAAGGAAAACACUACUGUAAUUUAUUGGGAUAUGCUGAUUUAUUUUAUAAAUGUAACAUUAUUUUUGUAAACUUAAUUAUGCAAAAAUCAAAAAUGAUUCGCUUUGUUAAACCUUAAAUUAUAUUAAAAUGAAAUCUAUAUGUCUGAACUGUGAUGUCAUGUUUGUAUGUCGAGCAUUCAAGAUAAAAAUGGUUGCUGGAAAUAACCAUCAAUCAUCAUAAUUAUCAAUGCUCAAUAAACAGAUAUAUAAACUAUGUGUAUGUCAAAUACGCUCUGUGGUAACUUUUUGGCCAUUUACAUAAUUGCAUGAAAAGACUGAUGUAAUUUUAUAUUGUCAUAUAAAUAAGUACAAAAAAGUUACAAAUCUGCAUCUUCACUAUAUUAAAAUCAUAUGGAAAAUGUACGAUAGCAACACAUUACUUGCCAUUCUGUAGCAUUGUUUUAGUAUUAUAUAGCAACAGUUUUCAGUUUUUGAUCCUGACCCAGAAAAUCAUUCAAACACACACUUAGCUCAGUCCCUACUGAGGAAAUCACUUAAACCCAGGCUUAACUUUAAGUCUGUGCUUAAUAUUAAGCAUGUAAGUAACUACUGUUCUUGGAUUGGGAUAGUUUCCUGAAUCAUGGCCUUUGUAAUUCUGUAGAUUUCAAAUUAUUUAAACAGUUUAAUUUAGUUGAAACUUGGUAAUACUUGAAUGUUUAGAAGUAGAUUUUUUUCUUUCUAUCUUUUUUCCCCUUAAGAUUCCUUGCAAUGUAUUUUAUCAUAUUAUCAGCAUCUGUUCUGCCUUGGGCCAAAUGUUCAACUGUUUGUCUCUUUAUAAGGUGGGUGGGUGUUGACUAGUGUUGAUGUUGAAGAUUUUUUAGGCCUUUUGAGCAACCUUUGUCUGCAAUUGAUGAUUCCAGUUUAGGAAUCUCUGUGCCCUUUACUUGCAAUGCUGAAUUGGAUGCAAGGAGGGGGUAAUUUGGACAAGAGAGAUGUUCUCCCUUUUUUAGCUGGAAACACUACAGUAAGGCCUGAUCCAAAAUCCAAACUGAAGUUAAUGUAAUGCUAACAGACCCUGGUCAUCCACAGCCAGGAUAAAACCUGGGAUCCCUGGAGCUUAAUGCAUGAGCCACUACUGCACGAGCUAAAAGACACACUUCUCUCUUGGCUAAGGCUGUAGCAGGCUUAUCAAUCUCUACCUGGUCUAGCCACCACUAGAGGGGAACAGAGCACCAUACCAAGCAGGCGUGGGUUACAUACUUCCUCUAGCUGAGGAGGCACAUCCUGAGAUUCAGAGACUUCCCAGUUGAUAUCCCAGAUGAACCCCCACUUGUAAUGCUGACAGAUUCCGGCAGCCAGGAUCAAACCGGGGAUGCAUGAGCCACUGCUGCAUGAACUAAAAGACACAUCUCUCUUAGCCAAAGCUGUAGCAAGCUCAUCGAUCACUAGCAUUCUGACCACCACUAGAGGGGGACAGAGUGACACCCCAAGCAGACAUGGGUUGGGUUACAUCAAUAAAAAGCAUCCCAUUGACUUUAAUGGCCUUUCAGUCAGGCUCCUGUAGGGUUCUGUUAUAUUAAUUUAAAGGAAUAAAUGGACCAAAAGAAUCAAAGGUGUUAACAUGACCCUGAAACUUUCCUACAUACGUUUAAACAAACUUCAGGGUUUGGUAUACAGUGACCUCAUCCUGUUAAUACCAUGGCAAACACACCAUAAACAUUCUUUUUAACCUUUUAUUAAAGAUACAGAAAAAUAAGGAAAGACAGUAAAAACACUUGAAAUGUAAAGUGUUAAAUAAGGGUUUCAUUUUAACCACAUCCCUUGUUCCCUUUCCCUUUAGCUGGAGAGAGUUUUUGGAAAGAAACUGCCUGAACUGACAGUCUCUUAGAUGGUAUUAAAGAUCGUAAUAGCUGUCUUUUGGGGGAGACAAAAGAAGUCAGUUGAGAUGGGCUGGAAUGAUUGUUUUCACUGUUGUUAAAGUCUGAUCCCGUUUCCUAGACCGUGAAACAAGACAAAGACACACGAAAAGAGAAAGAAAAGAACAGCAAAUACAGAAAAUGCAGCGUCUCUCUGGUGUUGACUCUCACUUGCAACCUCACUGCUAGAAAAUCUAAGGCACAGGACAUAGACUUAUCAGGCAACCCAAGUCCUGGCAAACAUUGGGCUAUUCAAGGCAUUGCUUUUUGCUGCCUCUUUCUGGUCACAGGCUCAAAGAAAAGUUGCAAAAUGUGCAGUCUUGGUAAGCUAACCCAGACUCUUAUUAGACAGAAGGAAAAAAGAGAAGAGAUAGGAAAAAAAAGAAAUAGGGUUGAGAAGGAAAAGGACACAUGAAGAGGGGGACAAAGUCUCACACCCCAGGUGGGUGUUCAGGAUUCAGCUGGAGCCAAUGAAGAUGGCAGUGUCAUCAGGGUCCCUCUGUCUGACCCAGUCUGGUCAAGACAUAUCUCAGGAUCAGGAUGAUGAAGGCACAGUGGUGGCAGGCUGGAUCCUGGGUUACGAAAAGAUGGUGAGGAUGGUAGCCAUGAUGGUGAAGCCUGCUUCUUCUCUUUCUUUCAUCUUUCAGUCAGCCAGCUUUUAUGUUUCCCUCUGUCUGAUAAUUUUUACCCUCUUGAGCAGUGGUUCUCAAACUGUUUUUCUUCACAGACCACUUGAAGAUUGCUGAGGGUCUCGGUGGACGACUUAAUGAUCUUUCCAAAUGUUGUUUGUACCGUUAGCUAACUAUUGUAAAGCACUUUGGAUAAAAACGCUAUAUAUAAAAAAGUAAUAAUAAUUAACUAUUUUUUGUUCUACAAAUAAAAGCACACAACUCAUAUUUUAA